AUGGCUGAAACUCCAUCUCAGUCGCCACCACGAUCUGUGCCGGAGGCGGAGACGGAGACGCUGCAGUACUGGUGCUACCACUGCAACAAACGCGUGUCCAUCGAAACCCUUGCCAAUCUGCCGGACAUCAUCUGCCACGAGUGCAAGAACGGGUUCGUCGAGUCGAUCCCGGCCGUGUCGUAUGAAUCAACGGAUCAGGUUGACGACCCGAUUUUCUUCCGCCAAGUGCUCCGUUUAAUCACUCAAGCGGCGCGUGAAGAGGACGCUCCACCACCGCUGCCACAAAAUCCUUUGCCCGAGGAUGAUUUCUUCAGGAUUGAGAUGGACGGGUGGGACAACGACGAGGACGAAGACGAUGCGCACAGUGUUGAGUUUCACAACCAAGGAGGUGAGGAAAACGAAGAAGCCGGAGAGGAAGUAGAAGACGAAGAAGAUAGAUCGGAUAACGAGGAUGAAGAGAACCAGGAGGAUCAGCUAGAGACCGAUGAACAAGACGUGAGACGACGUCGUCGCGAUGUGCUUCGUCUCCGCAUCCAAGACAUUGCGACCCGAGCAAGUUCCGGGAGGAACCGAAUUCUGGACUGGGCUGAGAUCUUGAUGGGACUGGAGGACAACUCGAUCGAGUUCCGGCUUGAGGUACCCGAAUCGGACCGAUAUAUCGGCAAUCCCGAGGAUUACGUGGACGCAGCUGGCUAUGAGGCUUUGUUGCAGACCUUGGCUGAGAGUGAUAACGCUGGAAGGAGAGGGGCUCCACCGGCGUCCAAAAACGCAGUAUCUGAGUUACCGACGGUCAAAAUUGCGUCGGAGGAUGAGGCCUUAGUGUGCGCCAUAUGCAAGGAUAUGGUGAAUGUUGGUGAAGUGUCGAAGAAGCUGCCAUGUGGGCAUGGGUACCACGAUGAUUGCAUUGUGCCUUGGCUGAGUUCCAGGAAUUCUUGCCCGGUUUGCCGGUUCGAGCUGCCCACCGAUGACCCUGAAUACGAGGAGCAGAGGCAGAAGCAAACUGUGACUAUCAGUGCAGCGGGAGCUUCCGGUUCAGGUGGAGAUAAUUCGGUCUCCCAUUGA